AUGUACGGGGGAGGCAUGAUCUUUGUGCCUCCCACGGCGCAGUUGCAGCUCCGCUGCCUCAAGCUGCCCUCUUCUUCUCGCAAAGUCGUCGGCGCGCACCCUUCCCAGCUGGACAGCAGACGGAGCACAUCCUUCUUGGCAGCGCUCAUCAGAUCGUGUACAGUCUACUCGCUCGCUCGGAGCGCUCAAGGCCGUAUUGGUCGGUGGUGCGAAGCGGCGGGUCCCGGAAAAAAGCACCAGAAUUUGGCAGAGAAUCAUUUGCGCAUCUCCCUUGGACGGCGCAUCACCAUCAUCGAGCGAGAUCUCGGUCCUAUCUUGGUAGCGAGGCGGCAGAUUGCAAACCCAUCUAACCCAUCCCUGCGCGCCCAAGCCCAGCCCUUCCGCUCCGCUUACACAGAACCCAUCCAUCCCUCCAUCCCUGUUCAGCGACCCCCUGCUGCUGGCCCGUCUUUCGAGACCCCCCCUGCCCCUAGUUCGUGGCUACAUUCACCCCCCUCGCCUUGGGUGUUCACGUCCACUUACACGGCGCUAGUCUUCCUCAUUCAGAAGAGCGAGGUCACUGGGUACGUUGACCUUACACCCCGCCCAGCGGUGGUGAUCUCCCCGAUAUCCAAUUACCCUUGCAUGAUUGGCAUGUCCCCCUCCAAAGACAACAACAUAACAACAAUCUUGAAUUAA